GGUGAAUAUGUGUGGUCAGCCCAUUCUGUCCUUAUCCAACUCAAAAGACACAAUAACAUCCAGCAAUGGGCUCCACUUGAAAAUAAAGUUAUGUAGAUUGCUUUCUCUGAUAUUUUCCAGCACUGGGUAGAAAACACUCAGAUUCUCCAAAGAAAUGGGGGACUGGUCCAUUCUUGGUCGUUUCCUAACAGAGAUUCAAAACCAUUCGACAGUUAUUGGCAAGAUUUGGCUGACGAUGCUGCUCAUCUUCCGCAUCAUGCUUGUGGCCCUGGUGGGGGAUGCUGUCUACAGCGAUGAGCAGUCCAAAUUCACCUGUAACACCCUGCAGCCUGGGUGCAAUAACGUCUGCUACGACACGUUUGCUCCUGUCUCCCACUUACGCUUCUGGGUCUUCCAGAUUGUCCUCGUUUCCACGCCUUCUAUAUUCUACAUUGUCUACGUCUUGCAGAAAAUUACCAAGAACGAAAGGUUAGAGGUCAGGAAGGUUGACGUGCCUCCCAGGCCCUCAUCUUUUCAUCAAAGACAUAGACACUUAGGAACUGAUAAAGAGGCUGUCCUGGAAGCUGGAAGUCCUUAUGACGCAACUUUUCCCAAUGAAGACUGGAGCUCACAGGAAGAUGAGUACGAGGAGAGGAGUCAACUGGAGGCGGAAAUGAAAGAGGAAGGAGAGGACCCAACCGAACUGUCAAGUCAAGUUCUGCUCAUCUACAUCAUACACGUUCUGCUGCGCUCCAUCAUGGAGAUAAUCUUCCUCAUUGGGCAGUAUUACCUUUUUGGAUUUGAGGUCCCGCACCUGUUUCGCUGCGAUACGUACCCAUGUCCAAACAGAACGGACUGCUUUGUGUCUCGCGCAACAGAGAAGACCAUCUUUCUAAACUUCAUGUUCAGCGUCAGUCUGGGCUGCUUCAUCUUGAACAUUGUGGAACUGCACUAUUUAGGCUGGAUCUACAUUUUCAGAGUACUGUUCUCCGCAUGCUGCACGUGCUGCGAGUCCAACAGAGAACCCGUGCAGCAGGUGGAGUUAUAUUCCUACAGUAACCCACUGCUGCUUGAGCUCAAACACUCAUUACAUGGAAGAGUUGUCCUCCAAGCUGGAACAGCCAUGUCUGCCAACAGGAGCAGCAGCGUCCCCAACCAGGCCCCAGCCAUCUCCUUCGAAACGGACUCUACCCUGGAAUGCACUUCGAAACGAAAUUCAGAUGAAAAAGAUCACACCAAGACAAGACUGCACAAUAUAACCAAAGUAGGACGAAGCAAAAAGUCCUGGCUGUAAAUGACUUAUAACAAUUCACUUCUUUUUUUAAACAUAUAUAUUUCAAUAAUUCUUUUUUCAAACCCUUGACUGUAAUUGCUAAUCUAAAGAUUGACCCCCACUCCCCACCCCAAAUAGAACUGUUUAAAAAAAACAACUAUGUAGUUGGCAUUUAUUCAGAUUUGCAAUGUUUUAUACAUUUCAGAGGAUCUUUGUUUCAAACACCAGAUAAUCCCAAGUUUGUAAGUAUUUAGCAUCAAGUAAAAUACAAGGAAUAAUUUGGAGAACCUACAUGGCUUUUCAGGUGCAAUUUCAUAAAAUGUUGCUCUGUGGUUUUUGAAGUUCCCUCUGCAGUCAAAUUACACCGUUCACCCGCACACUCGGUGCUGUAGAACAACAGUCACAAAAGAAAAAAAAAACACACUAGAAAUUGGCAGCUGAAUGUAAAACUUAGCUUGCUUGUUAGACAGCAUCCAUAAUGAUCAUGCUUAAGUUUAAAAUAGAAUAUUAGUUAAAUUAUUACUGCGUAAUAUACAAAACAUUUU